CUCCGAAACCGUUGCCAUAAGGUUCAAAAACCACCAUCGAACAAACUCAAGGUGUGAUACCGUUUCUUUCUCAUCAAGUGGUCAACGACUGGAAUGUCUCACCCAAACAAUUGUUAUCAGUCAAAACAGUAAGCACUUUCAAGAAGAAGUCAGUUCCUUCCCGGAAAACAGGCUAUAAGCACUAAGAAAAGUCAAUUUACAUGUAAUCCUAACAACUCAAGCCUGAGGCUUUGAAGGUCAACUUUGAACUACCAUUUAAAAUCUUACGGGUGCGGCGUAUCCCGUUGUCUUACGGUAGUUAGCUUGUCGAUACAUCACAUCAACUAGUUAUUUUACUCUUUCAUACCCGCUUUACUUGUUUUACCUGAUCACCCUGCCAAAAUGUUCUUUUUUUGAGCACAGAUUACUGUUCUGCUGGCUAAUUGAUAUUUUUUACUUCAGUCUUCGUUUAUCUACCGAUUUUAACUUUAUCCUUACUGGAUUACAGCGACCCAUCUUAUCAGGGUGGCUGCAUAGUACUCUUGAAUGGCGAAAAGUCGUCUUUCUGGCUCUGACUCGUCGGACAGUGAUGAAGAAGUGAAGUGGUUACAAUCACGUCACAAGCAAAGGAAGACCUCGGUUCCAAGCGAUGAGACAACACAUGAUUCAAAGUCAGGUGGAAUUGAGGAGGGUGAAAUAUCUAGUGAUGACCUCGAUGAAGACGAAGACGAUGGCCUGGAUGACAACUUAAUCGGUGGGGAAGAUGAUAAGCGUCGGUUGGCGAAAAUGAGUGAAAAAGAAAGAGAAGAAGAACUAUUCAAGAGAGCUGAGAGAAGGGAUGCCAUACGAGCCCGCAAGGCUGUAAAACAGAAGCUAAAAGAAAGACGAGAAAGAGAAAAGGCUCAACAAGUAGCCUCUUUAUCCAAGCAGCUUACUGGGGAUUCAAACAAAUCUAAAAGAUCUGCUUACCACAACGUGUUUUCAGACAGCGACGAUGCAGAAAAUAGUGAUUCAAGUGGUCUUGGACCAAAAGGCCUUAGACAACGUAAAAUUGCUCUGGAGAAAAAGAAGGUGGCUAACAGGGAUAAGUUUCAAGAACUCAUCGAGCGUCGCAAACAACAGGCUGCUAAAAAACGUAGAACUCAUACAUCAGACGAAGUAGAUGUAUCCGCCCAAAACAGUUCUGGGAGUUCGUCUGAUAGUGAUGAUAAUAGUCCAAAGCCACGUGUCAAAAUUCAAGAGAAGCAUCAGUCUAUGUCUCAUCGUGUCUUUUCUUCGGAAGCGUCAGACUCUUCUGAUUCAAGUCGACCUGAUUCUCGUCCUGUAGCACGACGUCCAAGUUUUUCAAGUUUGUCGGGUUCACAGCGAUCUGGUUCUUCAAGUGAAGAUGACGCUCGAGGCAGAAGUCGUUCACCUGAAGAGGAAUUAGUCUCUUCUGUUGAACAUCUAUCUCGUAUUCGGUUGUCACGGUUUAAAAUGGAAAAGUGGGUUCACAUGCCGUUUUUCGAUGACUUGAUAAAAGGAUGUUUUGUGCGUAUUAACAUAGGAUUACAUCAAGGUGUGCCGAUUUAUCGUUGUGCUGAAAUUGUGGAUGUCGUGGAAACUCCUAAAAUAUACGAUCUUGGUGAUACUCGAACUAAUAAAGGAAUUGUAGUUCGUGUUGGAAAAGAUCAAAGCACAUUUCGUCUGGCGUUCAUUUCAAACUCUGAUUUUCAGCAAGAUGAAUUUGACAGCUGGAUGCGGCGAAUACAUCUUGCGAAUAUGAAACCUCCAACUUUGAAUUUUGUCCGAGAUAAAGCUGCUGAAAUUACUGAAGCAAUAAAUCGUCCUAUUCGAGAUGAACGCGUAGUUGAACAGAUCAUACAAUCCAAACGUCGUUUUCAGAAAGCUCCAACAAAUUUUGCUUUACGCAAAGCGGAAUUAAUUAAACAACGAGAGCAAGCAGAAACAGAUGGAGAUACAGAAUUAUUGAAACAUUUAGAUAGUGAAAUAGAAGAAAUUGAAUCUCAAGCUGAACGAAUUGAAAGACGUCGAACUUUAGGUUUUAAAUCAAUUACAUCUAUAAAUCAACGUAAUCGUGCACUUAGUGUACAACAAGCUGAAGAGGCUAUUCGCAAAGAAAGUGAAGAAGCAUUGAACUCCAAGGAAGAAGAUCCAUUUACACGUGUUCAUUCUCAACCGGUGAUUGUCACUAAGAAAUAUUUGGAGAAUUUACGUCAUAAAAGACUUGGAGUAGUAGCUCAAUCAAAUACUUCUACCUGUGAUUUAAAUCAAAGUUUGCCUCCACCACCAACUCCUGAUUCAGAGCUAAGCAUGUCAUCUAAAAAUUCACUGUUGAAUACACCAAUGGGAAGUAAUAGUAUACUAACUGAAGCACCUGACUCAGUAUGUUGGUCAUUGGGAGAUGAUAAUAGCAAUUUGUCCACACCGCAUGAUUCUCUUCAUGCAAUUCAUAAUUUUGAAAUAAAUAUUGAUUUAGAUUUGGAUGGGAAUAAUGAUCAAGCGAAUUCCAACGGACGAACAGGAUCAACUAAUGCUGACUUACGGCAUUCAACUAGUCCUAGACCACGUGGUACUGCGAAUUCUACUCAUGAUUUUAUCAAUGGCAGUCCCCAAACACCAAUGAACGGUCCAUUUGGAAAACCAAAUCGUCGGUUGUUAAAUUUACAAGAGUACAAGAAGCGUCAUGGAUUAAUUUAAUUCUUAAUUAAUAUGAAAAUAUUGGUAUUUUCUUUAUCCAAACAAUCUAUCAUUUAUUACUAUUUUUUUCUGUGUGUAUGAUUAGUAUUAUCACACUGGUUGUUUAACUUGGUAUAUGCAUGUGUAUGUAUGUGUUGUAUAUAGACGCCUGUAAGCCCUUCCUUUAUGUUUUACACUUUUUUGUGAAAUGUACAUAAGAGAAAAAAAAUUAGUCGUAAUUAUCUCCUU